CGAUCGCGCAUCCUCAAUCAGGACAAUCACCGACACCGUUCAGGCUGACUGCAAUACGCGUCCGGCGCUCGCCUUAUCACCAUGAACGGUCCUGCCGACCCCCUGCUGAACGCCGAGUAUCACAACCUUCGCGCCAUCCGCGACCUCGGUCACGAACUCGCUGGCGAUCGCCCAUAUGCGCCCGGCAACAACCAGCAGAGCGCACUCGCCAAGAUCACCCGCCUCCUCGCGAGCAAUCCCUUCCCCACCCUCCUCUCCAACCCGCCCCCCACCGCGGACCAAGACGCGGACAGCGACGUGAUCGCGGUCGUGCUCACCACCUUCACCGUCUUCACCGUCGUGUGGGACGCGGCGUCGCGCCUCCGCAGCCUCCAGCCCCCCAUGCGCGCGAUGUGGCCGCACAUCGUGAAGUGGGGCGCGCUCCUGCACCCCGCGCGCGGGCGGCUGACGACCUCCCGGGGGCACUGGUCGACGGGGCGCGAGGUGACGGGCCUCGCGCAGGCGUACAUGUCGAUCGCGGAGGCGGACCCCGCGUACGUGCGGCCCUUCAUCCUCGAGCACGAGGACUUCGCGGCGCAGGCGCUCGAGCUGUGGCUCCACUUCCCGCGCUACGUCCCGCGCUCCGCGAUGGACGAGUCCGGCACGUCGCACUCCGCGAUCGUCGUCGCGCACGCUGUGUACAAUCUGCUCGGGAAUGAGCUCAAGCCGCACGCCGACGAGGAGUCCGUCUCCCUCUUCCGCUCUAUUCUUAAGCGCGUCGCUGGGCGCAGGCGCACGCUCUACCUCGCCGCCGCCGAGCAGACCGAGUUCCUCACCCGGAUCUCGAUCAUGCCGCUGCUCGUCGCCAGGAUCUGGGAGGGCCACUACGCGCUACUAGGCGGCCUCUUCGGCCUCGAGUCCGGCCUCUUGGGACGCGACCCAAUCUGGCGCCCGGGCUCUUCCCGCUCCUCCCAGCUCCCUUCCCGCAUCGCCACCGCCCUGGUCGCCGCGGGGCUCAAGUGCGUGCAGGCGCAGGACAUGCCCGACGCGCAGGUGCGCGACUCGCAAGACGCAGCGCGGUGCGCGGCGCAGGUCCUCGCGCUCCUUCUCGGCCGCAUCUCGGACGGCAGCCGUCUGCUGGCGCGCGCGGUGGGCGCGGGGGCGGGAGAUCUGCUGCGAAGUCUCGAGGGCGCUGCUGGGCCUCUGCAGACGGCGUCGGACGGGAAGCCGGCGAGCUUGUACGACCACUCCGCGCUCGCGCGGCUUAUGUGCGCGGGCCUGUCGCAAGUGCGCGUCGUGCGCGCGUUCUAUGGGCGCCAGACGCAGCCGUGGGAUGUGGGGCAGAUUGUGUCACCGAAGAAGGGGGCGAAGGCGAGGGGAGUCCAGACUCCGACCGCGACCUGGCAGGACGUCGCGCGCGCGUGGAAUGCAGCGCGCGAGGUGUACUUGCACAGCCACAAGAAGCGCGAGUGGCAGGAGGUAAUGGAGUGCGCGAACCGGGAGGAGCCCUCUGCCCACGACCGCCUCGUGCGCGCGUGCCCGUGCGGAGACGCGUUCUACUGCUCGCGGAGCUGCCAGCGCGCGGACUGGGACGCGCGGCACCGCGGGGAGUGCCUCGCGGAGGAGGGUGUUUGGGGGCUGGGAGGCGCCCUCUCCCUCUCUGAUGCGCUCUUCGUGUGCGCCGUGGCGCGGCACUACAUCGCGACGAACCGGACGGCGGUCGGGAUGCACAUAUCGGCGUUGAAGCUCAGCGGGAAGAAGGACAAGUCCAAGCAGUCGACCAAGCAGCCUAUCAUUCUUGUCAACCUCACCGAUGUGGCGCCCACGCAUGACGUGUACGCGGCGAGCUCAUCAGCUGCUGUCGAGCCCAUUAAGUCGGGGAUCGUCGGCGUUGACGUGCCGCGCCGAGUGCUUGUCGAAGUCAAGAUCCCACUUGGCCAGAGGCAGGAGCGGCGCGUCCUGCCGUUUUCGUAUGAUGCGGCGUACUUCAAGGGGUCGUUGGGGUUGUAGGCUCUGGUCACGGCCGGCUCAACGUCGACUCUCUUGGUCCGCGCGGAAUCCUGAACCGCAGCCAGGAACUUGCAAUUUCUUGCAAAGCCUCUGCCCUGGGACGCCUGCUUGUCGAUAAGCGCAUGGCUUCUUGUCGAUGGCUUUGGCUCUGGAUCUUCGAGGGUUUCCUGCACUUGACCUUGGUUGGUCAGCUGAGACGGGCGAAACCGCCAUGUCCGCGUAUUGGGAGCUCACGAUGCGCACACACGGAGAGUGCAUGAACUCAGCGUUGAUCUACCAGGCUGAAUGUGCAUCGCUCGAUCUGAGCGUUGCGCGCAACGCAGAGCAUGAUACGGCAGCAGCG